AUGCUGGGCUCGGUGGGCCGAGCGUACAGUGUGGCCCUGCUGCUUCGGGGUCGAGAAACAGAGGCACCCCGGCUUGUGCCUCAGCUGCUGCAGAUGCUGUUUGAAGAAGCUCUGCCCCUCAGGGGCUCUGAUGCCGUGCUUAGUACACUUAGCCUGGUGCAGCUCAGCACCAGUGGGAGGAGUCGGGACCUGCUUGCUCCAGGCUCAGAGAACCUGUCAGUGCUGGAUGUGUCCCCUCUGGGCUUGGUGAUAGAAAAUGCCAGUGAAGUGGAGGUGUCUGACUCAAGAGCUGCCUCAGAGCUGUACUUGCAGGCUGCAGGUGGUGAAGACAGAGACUGUCCCUUGCUGCAGGUGUUGGCUGGUAAGGUUGUUGGUGAGGAGGUGGAGGGCUCUCUGCCCUGGAUUGUCUCAUGUCUCCUGGAAGGAAACAACUACAGUGGCCUUCUUCUUCGCCUGGACCCUCAAGGCAGCUCCCUGAGCUUGCUCCAGGCUGCUCUGUUGGGGGCCGCAGAAAGGAGGAUGAAGGUGAGACAGGUGAGGCCCACCCUCUGGGAUGCAGUAGAAGAGGCCCGGGCCUGGCGGGCUGGCCUGAAGAGCCUGCGUUCAGGCCUCCUUGGGGACGCCCUGACAGACAGUGGGCUCGGCCAGCUGGGCAGGGCACUGCGGGAGUUGCAGGUGGUAAAAGCCUGGAGCCAGCGCUCAGGAAGCUGGAUGCUCGAAACAGUCAAAACUGAGGCUAUGGGGCUCCCAGAACCACAGGCCCAGCAGGCCCCGGAUGUGGCCCUGCAGUUCUUCCUGGCUCAGGCCCAGAGGCAGACUCGAGAACAGCACCAAAUUUGGAUCCAAGAGGAACUGAAGCAUUUGCAACAGGAGGAAGAAGUGGUGGCAGGGGUCCACAUCAAAGGCCUGGUGGCUGAAGAGGUUUCCGAGGAGAGGCAGAGGUGGCACCGGGAGUGGACAGGGCUGAGACUCCAGCUGGAGGCCCUUCAGGCAGAACGGGACACUGCGGAGCAGGACCUGACAGCCCUCUAUGACCUGCACGUGCAGGGCCGGGCUUGGACGUCCCAUGUGCUGCAGGUAUUCCGAGCCUGGCGGGGGCUGUGGGAGGAACAGGCCAUGGCCACAGAGCAUCACUAUCAUAGCCUGCUGGCUGGCAUCCUGCAAGACACCAUCAACCUGGCCACGCAGAACCAGGAGCUCCAAGCCCAGAGCCAGCGACUUCAGCAGACUAGGCUGGGCACAGGCAUGCCGGAUCCCCGCCCUGAGGAGAAAUGUGGGGAUCAGGAAUCCUUCAGGGGCAGUCUCCUCUCUCCUCAUUCGUAA